CCUGUUGGUCUUACCCCCAUUUUCUUCUUUCUUCUGAUCAAUUUUCUUUGAAUCGUCUCCAAAACCAAAAAAAAAAAGAAAAAAGAAAGAUUUCAUAGCAAGAUUUAAAUCUUGUUCUUUCUUCUGAAAGAUUCCAUUCUUCUGUUGCUAAUACUCGGAAUCGUUUACGACUCUAUAUGCUUCCUAGAAAGAGAGCUGCUGAUGAUGGAGAAGUAGUUAUAGAACCUGACACCAAAACCACCACCACGAACAACAACAACAACAACAACUGUAACGCAGCUGCAUCAUCCUUCAAGAAGCACCGCCUUGAUAACUGCAUCAUUGCCGCCGCCCCCGCGGCCGCCACUGAAUCGACGGCUAAGAACGGUGUUAACGGUGCAAGAAUCGGAGGCAACAGCGACCAGACUAACUGUAUAGUAGUUGAAUCUUCACCAUCGAUCAUGGCUCUUGGCGAUGCGAAUCACACUGAAAUCGAUGAGGAUCUACACAGUCGGCAGCUGGCCGUCUAUGGCCGUGAGACUAUGAGGCGGCUUUUCGCAUCGAAUAUUCUUGUUUCGGGGAUGCAGGGUCUUGGAGCUGAGAUUGCCAAGAACCUCAUUCUUGCUGGUGUCAAGUCUGUGACCUUGCAUGACGAAGGGUUGGUGGAUUUGUGGGAUUUGUCCAGUAACUUUGUGUUUUCAGAAAGUGAUGUUGGUAAAAACAGGGCCCUUGCCUCUGUUCAGAAGUUACAAGAGCUUAACAAUGCUGUGAUCAUUUCCACGUUAACAACGAAAUUAACCAAGGAAAAACUUUCUGACUUCCAGGCUGUUGUAUUUACUGAUAUCAGUUUUGAGAAAGCCAUUGAGUUUAGUGAUUACUGUCAUAAUCAUCAGCCUCCUAUCUCUUUCAUCAAGGCUGAAGUUAGAGGUCUUUUUGGUUCUAUAUUUUGUGAUUUUGGGCCUGAGUUCACUGUGAUUGAUGUUGAUGGAGAGGAUCCUCACACGGGUAUAAUUGCAUCCAUUAGCAAUGACAAUCCUGCACUUGUCUCAUGUGUUGAUGAUGAGAGGCUUGAGUUUCAAGAUGGGGAUCUUGUUGUCUUCUCAGAAGUUCAUGGAAUGACAGAACUUAAUGGUGGAAAACCAAGGAAGAUUAAGAGUGCAAGGCCAUAUUCACCAGCUGGUAGCCGUAGUUCUCUUUUUGGGAGAAUAUUGGUGGAUACGGUGCUUGAUACAGCAAAGACAUUUCCUUCAGCUCUUCCCUCACCAGCUUCAGCUGCUGAUAUUCAGCUGCAGAAAAGAUAUCCCAACAUCACUUUUGUUUUUUUCUUUUGA